AUGAAUUCGUUAAAUCUUACCCAUAUCGAUGUCAUUGCAUUAGAACAAUCUAGGCAACAAAAGCGCGAACUAAAUCGCGUUCAACGAGAUCUGGCUCGUGAUAGAAAUUCUAUGGAGAGGCAAGAAAAGCAGCUGGAGGCCGAAAUAAAGAAGAUGGCCAAACUAGGCAAUAAACAGGCGGCUACAGCUUUGGCGAAACAGUUGCUUAAUUUACGUAAACAGAAGGCGAAGUCCUUGGGAGUUCAAACCAAAGUUGCAGCAGUAGGAUACCAAACUCAGGCUAUACAGUCUAAUAUGAAAAUGGCUUCAGCUAUGUCAUCGGCAUCAAAGACUAUGACUGCUAUGAAUAAACAAUUAAAUCUAAAAGAGUUGCAAGCCACGACACAAAACUUUCAGAGAGAAACCGCCAAAAUGGAUAUGGCAGAUGAACUGCUAAAUGACACACUUGAUUCUGUACUGGAUGGAUCUGGAGAUGAGGAGGAACAAGACGCUAUCGUCAAUCAAGUUCUCGAUGAAAUUGGUAUUGAAACAUCUGGCAAGUUAUCUGCUGCACCAGCCCCUGGCGCCUCGAUGCCUGCGAAAGCCUCUACUACUGGAGUUGAAGACAUUGAAGAAAAAUUAAGGCAAUUGCGAGCAUAA